AUGAAGCCUGUCGCAUUCUUCCGUGGUGGCUGGCGUAAGAAAGCGAGCAAGUCCCCGCCCCCUUCUUCCUCCUCUUCUCCUUCUAGCACAACUUCGGUAUACUCCUCUUCAGCAGCAACAUACAGUACAGCGUCAAUGGUGCACAUGCAAACACAGUCCGAGACAGGAAGCCUAUGGUUCCCUCGCGCGCCAGUACACGAUGACGCCCGUAGUGAACUAUACUACCUACAGGAUAAAAACAAGUUCGCCACCAUGCCUUAUCGUCAACGUACGAAAUCAGCAAGUGUUAUAGGUUCUGGUUUCAAUACAGAGCAUUCCGGGGCGCCGCCAGUGCCCUCCAAGCCACGCCGACCUCGCCGACCACCUCCGCUUGAUCUAUCUUCGGAGACGAGCCGGAAUCUAGUUGAAGACAGCGAGGAUUCCGACGUUACACCGAGAGCGCCUUUCACUGCGCCGUUGGUCUUGAAGAAGAAAGCGAGCGCCCAUAGACAUGCCCCGCGACCAGUUCGUACCGACGCAGAGCUCGAUGGCGUAUGGCACGGAUUCCUGGCCGAGCUUGAAGAAGACUUUGAUUUCCUAGAUACAGCCGAGCCCCGAAAGGGUGGGACGUCGCACCGUAGAUGCUUCUCGAGGCGAUACAACGACUCCCACCCCCAUCUGAUGGAUGGCGAAGACUCGCGACCCCAUACAUCUCCUAAAUUCGACGAAUUAUCCCAACUAUACUCGCCUCCUUCUUAUCAGCCUACUUUCUCUCGGUCUAUGUCGAAUCUGUCGAACUCUGGCAAGGACCCGACUAGAUGGAACCAUCAUCGCCAGCCGAAGAGAGUAAUAGCAGAAGAUCCACUAUCCCUCUUCCCCGCUCCUCCGCCGCUCAAUAUUCGCAGAGGCCGGACCGCCCCAACGCCAUUGGUAUUGAACCCGACACCAAGUAUCGCACAACUUCCGUCAUCUCCAGCAAUGAGUACCCCCGAUACGACACCUGUUGCGACUCCAACGACACCGAAAUUCUGCCAGUCCCCCGCUACUCGCGACGGCUCCACAUUCCCUGUAUCCAUUCUCAAGAAGCGCUCCCUUACUUCCAACCAGAAGACUGAACCUCUUUCGCCCAGCCCAAGCAACAAUUCAUUCGUCUAUGCAUCUUCUUCGGCUUCAAUUUCAGGUUUCCCAUCGUCUACUCAUAUACAAUUACCACCUGCUCGACCUCUACGCCCGACCCAAUCAGCCUCACACAUUCGUGUGAAGAACCCCGCAGCGCAUAAGGCAACUUUCAGUGAUUCGCAAGCCAUGGACAUGUACGCCGGUCGAACCCAUCCAGCAAUGCGAAACGCUAUACCACCAAGUACCCACGCAGGUUCUCAGCUAUCAUACUUGCAAUCCAUGGGACGAGCCCGACCAGUACGAACUCCUAUACGUUCUCUUCCCGAAGGACAAGCCGUUUAG